AUGGCUUUGAUCCAGACCAGUUUGAUCUGGGUGGCCUACGCCGUCGCCGUUGUCAUUCUCCUGGCAAUCGCUUCGGUCUUCGUCUACAUUUACCAAACGCCGCGCGAUCGCGCCGCCUCGGUCACGACUGUAUGCAUAUUCACCACAAGCGCCCUGCUUGCGACCGUCCUUCUCCUCCCCGUCGACGUCGCCCUGGUGUCCUCAACCACCCACUCAAAGUUAGGUCGCAAAAAAGACUGGGCUACGCCUGAUCAUGUCGACAACAUCGUCUUUACCCUCAAGGUCGUCUAUUACACCUUGUAUUCGCUGGAUGCGCUUCUCUGCCUUUUGGUGGUGCCAUUCACCUACUUUUUCUACGAAGAAUACGAUGAGGCUGCCGAGGAAGAAGGCAGACAGACGAUCGGAGGCCGGCUGUGGGGAGCCUUCAAGUACACCAUCGCUUUCAUCGCUUUGGUCGUCAUCCUGUUCCUUGUUGGAUUUUUCGUGCCCGUCGCCAAGAACACUAGGCACAGCAAGAAUAUGGACCUGGACUACUUCAAGAACUUGCUCGCCGAGAACCAUGGCGAGAGGGCUCUGACGUUCGCUCUCGGUCUUCUCAUGACCCUUGGUACACUUGUUUAUAUCCUCUACACUGCUUCUGGCCUGGCGCUUCUUCCAGUCGCUAUGAUCAAGUCUGCGCCGGCCAUGUCCGCACCGACUCUUGCCGAAAACACUGCCGCACAACUCGAUUCCAAUCGCGAGCGUCAACGUCAGCUUGAAAUGCGCAAUGAAGGUCGCAGUGGAUUGGAUACUCGUGAUCGUAGAGAACUUGAAGCUCUCGUUCGCGAAGAGCGGACUCUCAUACGGCGUGAGCGCCUCGCUGUCGAAGCCAGCGGCGAGGAGCGCAGCUGGUUGAUGAGGGCCUGGAUCAAGAUUGAGGCCAUCUUUAGGCCUAUCAAGCUCCUUGGAGGCAUUCUCCUGAUGGUGCUGGCACUCUUCAUCUGGACUUCCAUGCUUAUUACUGGCAUCGACAAGGCGAAAAACUCCAUCUGCAAGGCGGGAUGUGGCUAUAUCCUUGGUCACAUCAACAUCUUCCAGCCCAUCAACUGGAUCUUUGUCGUCUCUGCCAAGGUCUUCCCUGUUGACUAUGUUCUCUUCCUGCUGUUGGUAUUCUUCCUCUUUUCCGCCUCCGUCGUUGGCGUCGCUACGGUUGGUAUCCGCUUUCUGUGGAUUACUAUUUUCCGCAUCAGGAAGAGCCACACCAGUCCGCAGGCUCUGUUGAUGGCCACUGUGCUUCUCACUCUCAUCGUCUUGGCUAUCAACUACUCGGUUGCCAUGAUCAUUGCACCGCAGUACGCGACUUUUGGUCCUCAAACUUUCUGUGACCGUCCUUCGGUGCCUGGUAUCCAGCCAGACUGCUCGAACCACCAGAGUGCUAUCAGGCACUGUACUGAGCUGGCUGAAAACCCUGCUGCACGGGAAGUAUGCACUCCGAGUGUGGCCAGCACGUUCAUCAACCGAGUCACUGUCAAUUUCCCAUUCUUUGGUGUGCUUGACUUCUGGGCCCAGUUUGCUUUCCUCGCGGUGUACCUUAUCGUGUUCGUUACAACUCUCUUCCGCACACCGAGUCUCGACACCGACCAGCUCGAUGCCGAUCUCGAGGAGGAAGAGGAAGAAGGCCUGCUUGCCAGCACUGGACGCCGUUUCAACGCCACCUGGCAAGACAUCACUGGCCGCUCGAAGGCCAGGGCUGCCCAAUACGGCUCCACUGAUGGUGGUGAUAACGGCCGGGGCAUUGGUUCUGAAACUGGAACUGACAGGGACACCCAGUGGUGA